AGCAAGACAGUUGGUAGAAAAUGGGAAAGUCUUCUUCAUCUGUGGUCAAGCCCGUCAAGCGUCUCAAUAGAAAAGAACCUGUGUCCCCAAAACCAUCUGCCAUCCUAAAUAAAACUCCCACCAGGCGGAGCCCACGACUCAAUACUCCGGUGGCCGUUAGUCCAAGUCCAUUAAAAGUGGCGCGUCGAGCUCGCUCCUGUACGGCAUUUAAGAGUUUUUUAAACAAAUGCAGGAGAGAACAGCCUGGAAAGCUGCGCGCGGAGGUCGUCUCCAUUUGGCGCAAAAUGAGCGCCGAAGAGAAGAAGGCCUUUCAAAGAAUCAGCACAGUUCAAGUGCAAGAAACUCCUUCUAUACGCGUGCAUUUUCUGGAGGAGGAAGUUCCUGCACCCGUUUCCAAUGAUGAUAUAGAUAUAGAGCCAAUGGAGUUGGAGCCAAUAGUCAGCCCACCGAGACCAGAGAGAAACACCUCUAUUUUUAGAUCUUUUUUAAACGCGAUUAAUAGGGCCUUGCGUAUAUUUUUCUAAAUACUUAUUGUUUUCCGAAUUGCAUUUGUAAGCAGUCA